UCUCACCUGCUUGGCUGCUUCACAAAGGGACCAGCCGACCUCCAGCCCCAUUCCCUCUCUCCAACCUCCACAGGCAGCUGUGAAAGUCGUGGUCAGCCGCAUUUGAUAUCGGAAAGUGAUUCAAAAUGACAAUGAAACUGGCUUACUGGGAUAUUCGCGGGCUUGCCCAGCCAAUCCGCCUGCUGCUGGAGUACACUGGCACCCAGUAUGAAGACAAGUUUUAUGUCUGUGGUGAAGCACCCAACUUUGAUAAGAGCUGCUGGUUUGAUGAAAAACACAAACUUGGAAUGGACUUUCCCAAUCUGCCCUACUUGGAGGAUGGAGACAGAAAGAUAGUGCAGAGCAAUGCUAUCAUGAGAUACAUCGCUCGUAAGCAUAAUAUGUGUGGAGAGACCGAGGACGAGAAGGUUCGUGUCGACAUGAUGGAGAACCAGUCCAUGGACUUCAGAAACGGUUUUGUUAGGCUGUGCUACGCAGACUUUGACAGUAUAAAGCCAGGAUACAUGGAGAUGCUGCCAGGCGUGUUGAAACAGUUCUCGGAUUUCUUGGGCGACAAGAAGUGGUUUGCUGGUGACAAGAUCACUUUCGUGGACUUCAUCAUGUACGAGCUGUUGGACCAACACAGGAUGUUUCACCCCACUUGUCUGGACAACUUCAAGAACCUCAAGGCCCUUUUAGACCGUUUUGAGGCUCUGGAGAAGAUUGCUGCCUACAUGAAGUCAAACAGAUUCAUGAAGACUCCUGUCAACAACAAGAUGGCCAAAUGGGGCAACAAGAAGUAGAGAAUAAUGCACAAUACACUAGAGAAGUAAUGAAUAGGAAUAGAAAAAUCAUCACAAAUGCCACAGAGUCACUAACUUGUAAUUUCAGAACUGGAAAAAUGUUUUCCUGUGCCAUAUUUGUCUUUUUAUAAAUUGUAAACUUCAUGUCCUUAACUUGUGUUUCAUUCACAAACAUUAACAUGCCAGCUCUAACAAUUGUAAUUAUAUAGAAAAAAAGAAGCAAGUUUGUACUGAUAUUAUGAAGAAACUUUAAUUUGACUUAAAGCACUUAAAUUUACUUGUUAUAUUUAAUACAUUUUUUUGACAGAUUAAAGUGAAUCUUGUACUGAC